UUCUUAUGCGAAGUAGCGCAGUAUAUUUCGAAAAUCAAUUUGCGGUCACGCUGUACACGAAAACAACUAUAAUUAACAAAAACAAAACUUUAAUCGCACAAAAAACGCGUUGCCAAAAGCACCACCAUGAUUACGCUCGAGGAGCUGAAGAAACUGAGACUGAUCCAUCUAUGCAUUGCCAUAACGUUCUUCACGAGCGGCUUGACCGUCAAUUUCGCCCAGCUGCUGCUCCACAUCUUCUUGAAGCCCUUCAAUAAGCAAUUGUUUCGCAAAUUGAUGUACUACUUGUGCUAUUCCUUCUACUGCCAGCUUGUUUUUGUGGCCGAUUGGUAUGCGGGCUGCACGAUGCGCGUCUAUAUGGAUGAGGAGGAUGAGAAGAAAUUCGCGGGCAAAGAGAAUGUGCUGCUCAUUAUGAAUCAUCAAUAUGAAAUCGAUUGGCUUGCCGGCUGGAUGAUAUCCGAUAAAAUGGGGGUGCUGGGCAACUGCAAAGCAUACGCCAAGAAGGCCAUCAGAUAUGUGCCCUGCAUGGGUUGGGCCUGGUGGUUGGCCGAGUUCGUCUUCCUCAAUCGUGACUAUGACAAGGACAAGGAGAUCAUUGCCAAACAGCUGAAGAUUGUCUUCUCCUAUCCGGAUCCCACUUGGCUGCUGCUCAAUGCCGAAGGGACACGCUUUACUCCCUCAAAGCAUGAGGCGUCUGUCAAGUUUGCCCAGGAACGUGGUAUGACUGUGUUGAAGCAUCAUUUGAUUCCACGCACCAAGGGAUUCACCACCAGCUUGCCCACAUUGCGUGGCAUUUGCCCUGUGGUCUAUGACAUCAAUAUGGUCUUUAAGCGCGAAGACAAGACGCCACCAACGAUGCUUUCGCUGCUCAAUGGCAAACCUGUGGAUCCUUAUCUGCUGAUGCGUCGCAUUCCAUUGGAACAGAUUCCAGAGGACGAGAAGGAAGCGGCCGCUUGGCUGCAAAAGUUGUUCGUUGAGAAGGAUCGCAUUAUCGACAGCUUCCAUGAGACGGGCAGUUUCUUCAAGACAUCUGGCAUCAAGGAAGUGCCAUUUAAGAUCUACGAUCGCCGUCUCAGCAGCCUGUUGAACUUUGUUGGCUGGUCAACGUAUUCAUUGUCGUGCAUAUUCUAUUACCUGAUCAGCUCAUUGCUGGCUGCCAAUUGGAUUGGCUUGAUCACAGCAUUGUCUGUGCUUGGAACUUUUUACUGGUUGAUGGGACUGGCAAUCAACAAGACACAGAUCAGCAAAGGCUCCAGCUAUGGCUCCAAUAGCAAAAAAGUGAGCACAAAUUAACUUUAACACACACACACACACAAAUUAUAUAAUAUAUGCAUUCGUUUUGUUAACGAACGUACAACAAACCAAUUAGUCAAUGAAGCCAAGCUGAUAAUCUCACAAUUAUAUACAAAUGUACGAGUAAAUUUAAAUCGUGAUUUACGCCUGAUCAUUUUAUCAGCUAUCUUUAUCUCCAAAUUCGUUUGCGCUAUCAAAAUUAUCAUUUUUUUCAUUUUCUUGGCUAUAUAAUAAGAGCGAUUGAUUAUUAAUUAUGUAUGAUGAUGUCAGUUUGGAAAUACAAUUACAACAAAAUUCAUUAAAUGUUUAGGGCUGCACACUAGAAAUACAAGUUAAAAUGUACAAUGAUGCAAUAAUAAAAAUUACAUGUUUUAAAAA